CUGACGCCACAUCCGGAGCGCGGCCAUGAAGGAGGCGCUGGAGCUGCUGUGCCGGAUCCCCGCGCACCCCGAGUCCCGGUGCUGGUUCCUGGCCUGGAGCCCCGGGGGGGGCCUCCUGGCGUCGUGCGGCGGGGACCGGACGGUGCGAGUGUGGGGCAGGGAAGGGUCGGGCUGGUCGUGCCGCGCCGUGCUGGGCGAGGGGCACCAGCGCACGGUGCGCAGGGUGGCCUGGUCCCCCUGCGGCACUUACCUGGCCUCCGCCAGCUUCGACGCCACCACCUGCAUCUGGAAGAAGCAAGAGGAUGGCUUCGAGUGCAUCACGACGCUGGAGGGCCACGAGAACGAGGUGAAGUCGGUGGCCUGGGCUCCCUCGGGCACCCUCCUGGCCACCUGCAGCCGGGACAAAAGCGUCUGGGUCUGGGAAGUGGAUGAGGAGGAGGAGUACGAGUGCGUCAGCGUCCUCAACUCGCACACGCAGGACGUCAAGCACGUGGUGUGGCACCCAAACCAGGAGCUCCUGGCCUCGGCCAGCUAUGACGACACGGUGAAGCUGUACCGGGAGGAGGAGGAUGACUGGGUGUGCUGCGCCACGCUGGAGGGGCACCAAUCCACCGUGUGGAGCGUGGCCUUCGACCGCAGCGGCGAGCGCCUGGCGUCCUGCAGCGACGACCGCACCGUGCGCGUGUGGCAGCGGUACCGGCCCGGCAACCAGCACGGGGUGGCCUGCAGCGGCGCGGAGCCCACGUGGAAGUGCAUCUGCAACCUCUCCGGGUACCACACGAGGACCAUCUACGACGUGGCCUGGUGCCACCUCACCGGGGCGCUGGCCACGGCGUGCGGCGACGACGCCAUCCGCGUGUUCGAGGAGGGCGCGGGGCAGGAGCCCAGCUUCAGCCUGGCCGCGCACGCACCGCGGGCCCACGCGCAGGACGUCAACUGCGUGGCCUGGAGCCCCACGGAGCCCGGGCUGCUGGCGUCGUGCGGCGACGACGGUGACAUCGCCUUCUGGAGGUACCAGCGCCCCGAGGGCUGCUGAGCACG